UCCGUUUAUCUCUGGGGACUUCUGGGACCACAGGCUCUUCUGGCCGCAGCCCACCAUGGGGCAUCCAGGCUUCCUCCUGCUCCUGUUUUUGCUCCCAGUGGCUGCAGCUCAGACACCCCCAGGCUCCUGCUCCGGAUGUGGGCCCCUGUCCUUGCCGCUGCUGGCCGGCCUCGUGGCAGCUGAUGCAGUCAUGUCCCUGGUCAUGGUGGGGGUGGUGUUUGCCUGCGCUCGCUCAGCUCACCGCCGGUCCCCCCAAGAAGAUGGGACAGUCUACAUUAACAUGCCUGGCCGUGGCUGAUCAACCUGUGACCUCUGACCUUCUCAUCCUGGACGGUGGAGCUGGCCUAAGAGCAU